GAUUGAAUGACCUAAUUGUGUCACUGUUUCGCUUCAUGAUAGCGCCUUUUUUCAAUCUCACCAUUUGUUAUCACGGUGAAUGAAAUUCUUCUGCUUGUCUUCCAACAGCUACUGCAAGGGGCAUUAAGUAUUACUUCCUUCGUGUUUUAUUGUUGUUUUCACUACUAGAAAUGAUACAUCAUCAUGUAUUUCUAACAAAUGCAUUUUGACUCCCAUAAACUAUCUUCACUGUAUUUCUCGUCUUCAUUUGUGUAAAUCAAAUCGAAAGGUAUAUGUACAUAUUGAACUAAAUGAGUGGAAUGUCAUAUCAUGCAUUACCUGGACUGUCUACCAAUGAGCCGUUCAUAGCUUAUGGAAUCCAACCUGGGUUCGUCAAACAGGUUAGAGAAAAGUUUCAAAGUGAAAUAUCUAUGCAUGAGCUCUCAAAGAAUUCACAAAGUUUUACGAAACAUCAUUCAGCCACAGCUCGGCUUGCAAGUGAGUAUGAAAAUAUACUACACAAUGAGUUAAGAAUUCAAAGGCAUAACACCUACCCUAGUAGAAGAAUUCAAUCAGCAGGAAGAGUUUCCGACUCCUCUUAUUCAUCCAACAGGAACACACACGAAUUUUCAAGACCUUCAGACAGAGAAAAUUUAUCGCCUUCUAAUGACUUGAAAAAGAACAUCAAUAGCCAAGGGAAUUCAAACGGUAUUUCUCAAAGUCAUUCCAAUCAAACAGCUACAAUUACUAGAAACCAUUCCGUCAAACUUUGCAGGUUUGAUGAUGAUUCGUCAGUCAAAAAGAAAGAAAUGUAUAGCAACAGGUAUUCAAAAUCAUUCUCUUUUUCGAAACUUAGUGGAUUCGGCAAUAAUUCACGUGAAUUCGCACCAGUUUCUCACAUUAACAAUAAACCAAACUUCGAAUUCAAACAACCUGCAACGCUACCAAAACCAACAAAAAGUGAGUUAAUGCAGGAUCCUUUGGUUAAUUUCAUGAUCCCAAGGGGAUUUCAAGCAAACAAUCAGUUCAGUCAACGUGCUUAUGAUACUGAUGCAUUCAACAACACUCGUAAAUCUCCUCAGUUACUUGCUGAUAAUGUUGAAGGCGAUAAACUUAAUCUGAAUAACCACCUUCAUAAUAAUUUGGCGACUCAAGGAAAGCAUCUGAAAGGAAAUAAAACAAUAAAAAUAGACCCUAGAAAUACUCAAAACUCGAGUUUACCCUUUAAACCUGUGGGAAAUAUUCACAUGGACAAUCCCCAAAACACCAAAUUACUUGAUGACUCCUAUGAGGCUGGGAAUAAAAAUCAAAUCAACAGUAAUAUUCGCACAACAAUGGGUGAUGGCCACAAGAGUAUGGAGUAUUUAAAUACUAAAGAAAACAAUCAUGGCGGAAAAAUGCAUGUAAUUAGAACAGUAUCACAAGGUAAUAUAGUUCACAAAACUAAUAGUAAAAGUGGUGACUUUCAAACUCUUGUGCUACCAGUUGUUUCAAGUGAGUCUAGAAACAACACUACAUCAUCUGGUUCUGUUCCACCAACAUCCAUAUUAUCUCCAUCUCAGUCUCAAUUUAACAUUGUGAAUGGAAAUACUUCCUACUCAUCAAAAAGAAACACCCACAGUGAACCAAUUUGUAAUUUCACCUCAGCAAACAGUACGAUCUACUCUACCAAACUUACGCAAAAUUUGAAGAAAAGAGAAACACAUGAUGAUGGGAACCAGAUUUCUCUUCACCCUGAUGGUUCUCCCAAUAAUGGAAAUCUGCCUGCUGCUGAAGCACCUCCAGCAUUACAUAAAAGUGAAUUUAAAGUUAGCAAUGUGCCACAGGUCACCCACCUAAGCACCAAGCAUAAUGAAGAAGUUUCGGUUUCAAAUACCACUCCUCAUUCUUCUGGUCCCAUUAACUCAACAAAAUCACCUCUUCCAGUGAAUCCCGAAAAUAUAGAUAGGGUUGAAAGCAAGCAUCAUGCUGUAGGUGAAAAUGGAUGCUCUCCAGAAAACACUGACAAAAUCACCGCUUCAGAAUCAGAUACAGCCUGUAAACAGAAUGUGAAAUCUUCUAACCUUCCAUACCACAAAAGGCAAGUAAAAUGUUCUAUUCUGGACAGUGUAAUGGGUGAAAUGCAGCAGCUGUUUGCAGGGAAACAAACAAAAACACCAAGCAAAAAAGCAAAAAUACAUGAUUUUGCGAGGGAAAAGGCUAUGCAGUGUAGGGAAGAAAGAGAAGAUGAUAUGAACAAUUUACCAAAAAGCACAAAUGUAACUGAAUCAACGGAAAAUGAGGUUGCGGAACCAAAUCCUGAUAUUCGAAUUGCAGACACAUCUGCGUCUACCGCAGUAGAUAAUUUUAAAAGACAGAAACAAUCCAAGAGUUUUCAAUCAGCACUUCUAGCGGUCGAAAAAAAUCUGAAACUGGUUCGUUUUUCAGAAGGUAAUGAUAGUUCAAACCUUGUUAGUGCAACUGAUGAAGGUACAAAACAUUGUGGUCAGAAUGUCAACGGAAGUUUACCAGCCGAUUCCGACAUGAGGAAAAACAUAUUUGAGCCGUACAAUUCUCCUUCUACAACGGACAAAACACCUGUAUUACAUAAUCAAACGUCUGUACCAUAUACAUUAAAAAUAUACCCUGAUGAAAAAUUUAUCAAACAUCAAAAUUUAUUAAAUGAACUUAAUUCAACUAAAGUUAUCUCAAUGAAAGGCCCAAUAAAACAAGAAAAUCAACGAAUUGAAAAUCAUCCUAAUAAUGAACCAGUCGAAAGUAGUGAACUUAGUGAUUCAAGUAUUAGUGAUUCACAAUUUUCAAUAACUCGUGCAAGAACAUCAUUUCCACGUCUACAAUGGCCAAAUGUAAACAGUUAUAUGUGGUCUUCAAAUCAAAAUAGUAAAACCUAUAUAUACUCCACAUACAGUAUUGAUAAAAUUCCCAGCAAUGAAAAUGAUCUCAAUCGCUACCAAAAUGGGCCAUAUAGACAAUAUUCUCAUAGUAUUAAACGCUUUCCCCGUUUAUCAACUCUUGAGCUUCCGUGUGAACGACCUAAAUCAGCUCCAGUUAAGAAUGGAUUAAGGAAAUUCGAUAGUGAUUUACAAGCUUAUGCAAUUCAUCAACCUGGUUAAAUUGCAAAUGGAAAUAUGAAUAGGCGUGUUGAAUUCACUUCAGUCAAGCAGCAGACAUUUAUCACUGAGCAAUCCUUUUUCUUGAAGUUUUUUGGUGUAUUUAUAUUCUUAUAUAUAUAUAUAUAUAUACAUAUAUAUAUAUAUAUAUAUAUAUAUAUUGUAAUCAUAGUCACCAUAACUAUACAAAUCUCAGUUAAAACUUCUUUUCACUGGAAGUUUGAUUACUCCUCAGCUAUGUAAUUACCAAAAAUAUUAUCUGAACUUCCAUUGUUAGCAGUAUUAUCAUUUCAAAUAUUUAUGAUGAUUUGAGAAGUAUUUGACGGCUAUAUUUCAUCGAGCUAACACUGUGUGUAGAUGGUUCUUUCCUCAUAUUUACUUCUGUAUUUAUUUAUGACUUCAUUUUUUACUGUAUUUUUUAUUUUG